AUGAGAGCUUGAGAAAAUCUCUGCUUCUGAAGUAACAUGGUAACUCAUUCCAGCAAUGGUCCAACUGUGAGAUAUCUAUAGGAAAAGCUCGUAUCCUUUCUGAAAAAUGUCGUCUGGCGAGCGAAAACUGUUGAUUACAUCUGGAGGUGGUGAUCUGGAGUCCCCAGACCUUUCAAUAAACCAACCUGGAGUUUCAGACCCUGCAGCACCGACCAAUUCGUUUUUCGGUGCAACGUUUAUUGUAAUCAAUGCCUCGAUCGGCGCGGGAUUGCUGUCGUUUCCCUAUGCCUUCCUUCAAGCCGGUGUUAUUCCGGCCAUUUUUAUACAAUUGGGUUUUGUUGUAUUUAUUGGUGCGGCGUUGCUGAUCCUCGCCUACUGUGCGGAGCGCACACAUGCCAUGAACUAUCAGCAGGUGGUUGAGAAAUGCUGCGGGACAACGCUUGGCGUCAUCUGUCAGGUGUGCGUUGUCAUCUACUGCUUUGGAGCUUGCGUAACGUUCUUUGUUGUCAUUGGAGAUCAGCUCGACUCCAUGCUGAGAUUCGCAGCAGGUACUCUUGACCACUGGUACCUAGACCGGCGAUUUACCACUUCGGUCGUAUCCAUCGUCGUGGCUAUCCUCUCCUUCUUCAGAAAUAUCAGCUAUCUCAGCAAGCCAAGCUCUGCUGGUGUAUUUGCAAUGGUCUAUCUGGUCAUCGUUGUGGUAGUGCGCUACGGAACAAAGACGUACCCACCUCUGGAAACGCCUAUCCACUUUGAGCACAGUUGGUCUGUAGCAUUUGGAGCAAUACCAGUUAUAUGCUUUGGAUUUCAGUGCCAUGUCUCCGCUGUUCCAGUGUACCAUGCGCUGUCGGGACGCUCUGUCAGGCGCUUUGCCGGUGUAGUCGCCCUAGCAAUGGGGCUCAAUACGACCCUGUACACCCUGGCAGGAGCUUUCGGAGCGAUGUCGUUCGGCGAUGGUACUUGCAGUGACAUCCUGGUCAAUUACACGCCGACUGACAAGGCAAUCACGGCUGCUCGGGUUGCACUCGCAUUCAAUAUUGUCACGUCGUAUCCUAUUCUGCAUUACUGUGGCAGGGCUGCUUUCUUCGAUCUCUAUGUCCGCAUUCGGAGCCUUCCCCCCGUUGCUGAUGAGCUUGCACCCGAGCCACCGGCUGAGCGUGUUCGCCGCUACGUGGCAUCGUCCAUCUGGCUAGUGACGUCCCUGCUCAUCGCGAUCAAUGUCUCUGACGUCAAGAAGGUCAUUGAGCCGUUUGGAGGCCUGGCCGCCUGCUUCAUCUUCGCCUUUCCUGGUCUGUGCUUGUUCAAUGUGGCGUUUGACCUAACCGGUAUCAGUGCACGUCGCCGCCAGAUGACGAUUGCCACUGGCGUGCUCUUCUUGCUCAUCGGCAUGUUCAUCUUCGGCGAGAACCUGACUCUCGUAGCCAUGCGAGAUAGCGGUGCCAUUGGUAGCGGGCCACCAUGUGCUUCACUCAAAUCCAACCCUCUCUCCCCCUCUCAUCACCAUGCUGAUAAUUACACGUGGGCGUGAUGGACCUACUCCCGGUAGUAGCAAUCUUUUUUCUUCCAUUCUCAUGUGACUCGACUAUACUUUAUAUUGUACAUGACGUCAUGGUAUUUUCAUGCUAGGUAUACAUGUCGCCAUACCUGAAAUACAUUCGUUGAUUGUAUGAGCAGCCUCUAGUGGCAAAUGUUGGUGAUUUGCCUGCUAGGAGUUGCCUUGAUUUUAUCCAAACUCUGUUUCUUCUCUUUGAUAGACAUGUUGCUACAUUGUACCAUCCUUCUAUUUAUUCUAGUUUCUGUAUUUUUUUAAUUGAUCUGCAUUGUCGGCUACAACUACCUGCUGGUCAGGCUAUAGUCUGUCCAUUCCAUGCAAAUAAUAAUUUUGAGAACUCAUCAGUCUAACUGAGUCUCAGGUGAACCAUGAUUAUUUUUGGAGGAGUCAUUGACCCACUUGCUCUGAUAUUUUUAAACACAUUC